ACUGUAAAGUAGUGAUUAACUAGUUGGAGCUCUCUGGUCACUGCAGCCAAAUAAGGAUGUUUGCUUUUUACUUAUUUGCUCUUUUUGCUUCUAUCUUGAGGAUUGCUGUGUGUGCAGAUUGGUGCUAUGAGUCCCAAUUCUCCUGUGACCACAAAUGCAACGAACCGAAUCAAUGGACGGAAGUAUCAGCAUCCUGUAAUGGAACAAGCCAGUCACCUAUUAAUAUUGUAACAAAGAAGGUUGCAGUUAACAGUACCCUCACACCACUUGGAUUUCAAGGCUACCAAGAAGCGUUCCAUAGCAUUAUCACAAACAACGGCCACACAGUCAAGCUCAACCUGUCAGGCACUGCAAAGAUUAGUGGCGGAGAUCUAGGGGCAACUUACAAAGCAGUGGAGCUCCAUUUCCACUGGGGCAAGGACGGUGGGCCUGGAUCAGAGCACACUAUUGAUGGAGAGCAGUAUCCUAUGGAGAUGCACAUUGUUCACAUAAAGGAAAUGUACAGCUCCUUACAAGAAGCUGUUACAGACCCAGCUGGAGUGGCAGUUCUUGGAUUUUUGUAUGAGGAAGUCAGAAGCUCAACCAAAAGAUAUGAUUCCAUCAUAGACGCGCUUGCAAAUAUUACACACCCUGGCAGCAGUUUAGCCGUUGGGCCCCUGUCUUUGGACCUGCUUAUCCCUUCCCAAAAUGAGUUGAAAAACUACUUCCGCUACAAGGGCUCCCUCACUACACCCAACUGCUCAGAGUCAGUCAUUUGGACAGUAUUUCAAAACACCAUUCUGCUCAGCAAGUCACAGCUGUCUGCAUUCUCUGAGCUCCAGUUUGAAAAUGGGAUGACUAUGGUGAGAACAUUUCGCCCAGUGCAGCCACUGAAUGAUCGACCGGUCUACUAUUCUAGCAGUCAUGUUGCAUCUGUCAGCGCCAUAUUAGUUGUCAAUACCGUUCUCAUCACCUUUUUGACUCUGUUAGAAUGAAAGAAGUUACAGUCUUUUAGUGCUCAAAAUUACAUGGCUUUUAUUUUGAAUUUCAAUACGCUGUAAAACACAGAACCCUUACUCUUUGUUACGGUAAAUAGGUCUAUUGCAUGUGCUUCAACCCAUACGGAAAAGAAAAACAUGUAAAAUGUAUUUAUCAAACACAGUGGCCAAUUUUCUUAUGUACUUUGUUUAGUGUCUGGAAUGCAUUUUGGAAUGAAAUAAUGUAUUUAAAAUGUAUGUCAUAUAUGUAAAUAUAUAUAUAUGAAAAAAUGCAUGACCAUGACUUUUCUCCACAUCAGAAGUAAUGCUUUUAGUAUUUUGUCUUUUUAGUAAUAUAUUUGUAGUAAUUCAGUUUUUUUUCUUUGGUCUUAUUUGUUUUUUCACACUGGGAUUCACAUAUUUAUGCUUUAUGCUUAUGCUGUCCUCUCUUUACAUAUUUAGAAUGUAGUAGUGUUGGUGAAAUGGAAAGGAUGAAAAACAUUAAAAUAUUCUAAAUGUUA